AUGGAGGUCCCCAAGAACACCACCGACGUGAAGGAGUUUCACAGCAAGCAAAUCACUCCCGAAGUCACCUGGGCACAGCGCUCAAGUGCAAGCGACGCCGAGAAGAACCACAUCUUCCUUGCCAUCAACGUCCCCGAUGUCGACCCCAAGAAGAUCAAGCUGGACGUCCAGCCGCAGAAAUUGACCUUCACCGGCUACAGCGACACCAAGAAGGCCGAGUACCACGUCGAGCUCGACUUCUUCGCCGAAAUCGACCCCUCAGCUUCGAAGAUCAACCACUCGCCUCGCGCCGUGGAGAUGGUCCUGCAGAAGAAGGAGCUUGGUGAAGAGUACUGGCCGCGACUGCUCAAGGAGAACAAGAAGGUGCACUUCUUGAAGACGGACUUUGACAAGUGGGUUGAUGAGGACGAGCAAGACGCCAUCCCAGACGACGACGACUACAUGAGCCGCAUGGGUGGUAUGGGCGGCAUGGGAGGCGAUGGUGGCUUCGGCGGCAUCGACUUCAGCAAGCUCGGCGGCGCAGCAGGCAUGGGUGGUGGCGAGGAAGAAGAGGAAGAGGAUGACGAGGAAGAUGACGAGGAGAUGCCAGGUCUGGAAGGUGAAGAGGCUCAGGCUGGUGCAUCGAAGGAGGGCGGCAAGAAGAUCGAGGAAGUGGAGUAG